GAGAGAGACAGAGAAUUGCAAGCCGGCAAGGAACGGCAACCAAGCAAGCCACCCGCAAGUAAGCUAAGCUAGCCAAAUAAACCCCCCGUUUCGUUUAGCUUUUCUGCCAUGGCUCCCACGGCGACGGACGCGGCGGCGGCGAAGGGGAGGGUGACGGCGCUGGGGGUGGCGGCGUGCGAGCGCGACGCGGAGAAGCUGGAGAUCAUCGAGGAGAUGACCAAGAACUUCGACCCGGAGCAGGUGCGCGUGCUGGGCGAGAUCCUGGCGCGGAACAACGGCGCCGAGUACCUCCGCCGGCACGGCAUGGAGGGGCGCACGGACCGCGCCGCGUUCAAGGCGUGCGUGCCCGUGGUCACGUACGAGGACCUCCGCCCGGAGAUCGAGCGCAUCGCCAACGGCGACCGCUCCAACAUCAUCUCCUCCCACCCCAUCACCGAGUUCCUCACCAGCUCGGGGACGUCGGCGGGGGAGAGGAAGCUAAUGCCGACGAUCGAGGACGAGCUCAACAGGCGCCAGAUGCUCUACAGCCUCCUCAUGCCCGUCAUGAACUUGUACGUGCCUGGGCUGGACAAGGGGAAGGGCCUCUACUUCCUGUUCAUCAAGUCGGAGACGACGACGCCCGGCGGUCUGCCGGCGCGGCCGGUGCUGACCAGCUACUACAAGAGCGACCACUUCAAGCACCGCCCCUACGACCCCUACAACGUGUACACGAGCCCGACCGCCGCCAUCCUCUGCACAGACUCGUUCCAGUCCAUGUACUCGCAGAUGCUGUGCGGCCUGCUGGCCCGCACCGAGGUGCUCCGCGUCGGCGCCGUCUUCGCGUCCGGCCUGCUCCGCGCCAUCCGCUUCCUGCAGCUCCACUGGAAGGAUCUCACGCACGACAUCCGGACGGGCACCCUGAGCGCCAAGGUCUCAGAGCCCUCCAUCCGCGCGGCCGUGGGCGAGGUGCUCAAGCCGGACCCGGACCUCGCCGGCUUCGUGGAGGCCGUGUGCGCCGCCGCCGACAAGGAAAACAAGUGGGAGGGCAUCAUCACCAGGGUGUGGCCCAACACCAAGUACCUGGACGUGAUCGUCACCGGCGCCAUGGCGCAGUACAUCCCGACGCUCAAGUACUACAGCGACGGGCUUCCCAUGGCGUGCACCAUGUACGCCUCGUCCGAGUGCUACUUCGGGCUGAACCUCCGGCCCAUGUGCGACCCGUCGGAGGUGUCCUACACCAUCAUGCCCAACAUGGGCUACUUCGAGCUGCUGCCGCACGACCCGGACGCGAGGCCGCUGUCCAAGGACGACCCGCCGCCGCGGCUGGUGGACCUGGCGGACGCCGAGGUGGGCAAGGAGUACGAGCUGGUGAUCACCACCUACGCGGGGCUCUGCCGCUACCGCGUCGGAGACAUCCUGCUCGUCACCGGGUUCCACAACGCGGCGCCGCAGUUCCGGUUCGUGCGCCGCAAGAACGUGCUCCUCAGCAUCGACUCCGACAAGACGGACGAGGCAGAGCUGCAGGCCGCCGUGGAGCGCGCGUCCGGGCUGCUGGCACCCUACGGCGCAGGCAUCGUGGAGUACACGAGCCAGGCGGACGCCGCCACCAUCCCGGGCCACUACGUGGUGUACUGGGAGCUGAUGGUGCGGGAGGGCGGGAAGAUGCCCGAGGCGGCCGUGUUCGAGCGCUGCUGCCUGGAGAUGGAGGAGGCGCUCAACUCGGUGUACCGGCAGCUCCGGAACGGCGACGCCAUCGGGCCGCUGGAGAUCCGCGUCGUGCGCGGCGGCACCUUCGAGGAGGUGAUGGACUACGCCAUCUCGCGCGGCGCGUCCAUCAACCAGUACAAGGCGCCGAGGUGCGUCUCGUUCGGCCCCAUCAUCGAGCUGCUCAACUCCAGGGUGCUGUCCAAGCAUUUCAGCCCGGCGUGCCCCAAGUUCAGCCCGCACAAGAAGUGAGAGGACCAGCAACCGGAUUCAACAUCUGACGGCCCAGAUUGAGCUGGACGCUACAGUCAGCUAGCAGCACUACUACUUCCUUCCCAGUCGUUUAUACUGCGUGUCUCUCCUGUUCCUCGUGCGCUAGGGAGAGGAGUGAAUUAGUCACCGGUGACAACUCCUGCUUGCUCCAGCCAGAUGCCUGGUUCUUUGGUGUUAGAUCAAGCUACUCCACUGCUAGUAGUUACGUACUUGUGUGUGAUGUCAUUUCUUGAGUGGAAAUGGCGUGUGUUUGUAAUUGUAAGACGGUAACGCCAUUCUUGGCCCAAUAUCAUAAUAGGCCUUCUCGAACUA